AUGGCUUCAACAACCAUACCACUUCGUAAUGAUAAUGAUGGGUUUGACUCACGAAAACAAUUUAAAGAACGACCAGUUAGUACAGAAAGUUCAGAAAAACUUUUGUCAUGGAACCGUUCAAGAGCAACCCCAACUACCAAUCAACAAGGCCAGUGGUAUACAACUGCUGGUCAUAAACAAACAAAUAAUUCCAAUUACGACGUUGACUUACUUAAACAUCUAUCGACUGAUUUCGCUGAUCUACUCAAUCGAACGGAUAUUAGUGAUUAUACUUUCAUAGCUGUUCAUCGUUGUGUUCUUGCUGCUCGUUCAAAUGCUUUUUCUGCGUUUCGCCUUCUUGAUGCUGCUGGUCGAUAUGAUAUUAAAAGUCUGAAAGUUUAUGCUGCUCAAUUUCUUAUAAAUCAUAUCAAUACAAAUAAUGUGUGGAAAUUAAUAGAAGCUUCAUAUGUAUACGGCAAUAUAUUACUUAAACAAAAAUGUAUUGAUUAUUUUAUUGAAAAUGGUAAGGAAGUCAUGGGUAUAACCGAAUUGUGGAAAUCCUUCGCUGACAGACACGCAGAUAUUGUUUCUGACCUUCUUUAUUGGACUGUUCACAAAGAUGAAUCCCACUUACAAACAGAUUAA